AGUCAUCUGCGCUGCGAAGGCGCGUCGCCUCGCUCGUCGUGAUCGUCUCGUGAUCGCCUCGCUCGUCGCAUCUCGUCUCGUGAUCGCCUCGUAUCUCGUCUCGCUCGUCUCGUCUUCUCGUCUCGUCUCGUCUUCUCGUUUCGCUGACGUUUCGUGAUCGCCUCGCUUGCCGUAUCUCGCCGUAUUGUUGCGUUGCGACAAUAUCGUUCGCGUAUCGUGCUCGAGUUGGUCGUUAUAUCGUUGCGAUAAUAUCGUUCUAUCUCGCGGUUCGUGAUUCGUGAUGUGUGAAACGUUUCGUUACGUGACUCGGGACUUUCUUCGUGCGUUACAUAUGUGACAGUUACGGGUGAUCGCGAAACAAAACAUUUCAUCUGGUAAUCAUACUGCGCUAUUCGUUAUCGGGUUGUGAUUUCGCAAUCGCGUCUUUUCCUGCAAUUUUAUGCGCUGCGAUCGCUUCUUUCUGCUGCCGUCAGCACCACAGAGCGCAUUGAGAUAAGUUUUCCACCAUCUAUCAUGAACAUAAUUCGUCAAGACAAGAGUGUUACUCUUGCGGUGCGGUAGAAGACCUUCCUCGACCGCGGCUCUUCCAGGAAUCGAGAAAGGAUUUUGCCCCGCUGAGUGCGCGUCGCAACGGCGGUGGUGCCUCAGCAGUGCCCGACAGCUACCUCAGCAGUGACUGAGCCGUGUCUCAGCUGUGCCUCCGAGCUGUCUCAGCAGUGUCUGAGCAGUGUCUCAACCGUGACUCAACUGUGACUCAACCGUGAAUCGGCCGUGACUCAGCGUUGUCUCAGCGCUGUCUCCGCUGUGUCUCAGCGUUGUCUCAGGACUGUCUCGCCGGAGACAAUCCCCACAUCCGUGUCGUCGAGGGAUCAUCCGGUGUCACGUGAAUGUCCCUGAAUGCGGCGACCAUCAUCUUCUCCAGCGAGUGAGACAAAUCUGACUCGACAGUGAUCCGCAGUUCGGCCCAGAUUCUCACCUCGGCGCACCUCUGCUCACUGGGUCUGACAUCGUCUCACCUGGUCUCACCAUUAUCCGGCUGGCCUCAGUCCAGGGACGGGCGUGCAGACGAGUGUCUUACAGUUUUCCUGUGGAUAAAGUGGUGUGAGGUAGUGAGUGUGGGUGGUGCAUUAGUGAGAGGCGAGUCAGGGUUUGACUCUGCGGAAGGUGACUCCACUCUGACUCCACUCUGACUCCACUCUGUGGUUGGUGAGGGGGGUAAGGACUGGAUCCAAAAACAGGAGAAGGAAGAGACAAAGGAGCAUGGAGUAGCGAGUCAGUAAAGGAAGAAGAACGCCGUCGACAACGCCAAGCUGGGGCAGGAGAAAGAAACACGAAGAAGCACCGAAAACAGAACGAUAAAGAGCAGUAGAUGAACGUUAAACGAAAGAGUGUGAGUGACGGUGCGUAAUAGAAGAAAGAGCGCGAGAAAAACCAGGAUAUCGACUGCAACAGCAGAAAGAAGUGGAAAGCUGAGCAAAACGGAUAUGGAUCUUAGAAUGAUCACGUUGGCUGUCCUGGGCUUGACGCUGGGUUACCAGGCGUCCGGACAAGAAGCCAUCAGAGGUCUUCCCUGUAUACAGAGACUUCAUCAGCUGUUCUGUAGAAACCAGGGAAACACCUACCCAAAUGAGCGGAUUGAAUCGUUCAUCGACCUCAACAAAGCGCUCACCAUCAGGAUGUUUGGAGAGUUUCAAGCUCCCGAGGUCAGCUUUCCGACGAUCCAGGCGUUUCGUACUGUCGACUUUCCAGAUUAUCUACGACCCCAGGACGCCAGUGAAAAUCCAGUGACGUCAUCCACAGUGUCGCCAGUGACGUCAGCGCCGCGGCGGACUUCGGCGAGGCGCGAUGCGAGAGAGCGGUUCGAGGCGGCGAGAGCUAGAUUGCGAGCGGCGAGAGCGAAAGCGAUGGCGGCGAGAGCGAGAGAGAGCGCGGCGAGAGCGAGUGCAGAGCGAAGAGCGAUGACACGCGUUCAGCCGACACCAGUGGUGACGCGAACGCCCACUUUGGGAGCCGCCACCCGGCCUCCGUUCGCCGGAAAUGUGUUCUUGAACGGAGGGGAGGAGCUUAUAGCGGCGGCCAGCCAACCAGCGACGCGCUACCCGCUCCGUGACCUUGAGGCAACCAAUCGGCAGUCAGCGCUGCCCGCGCGCAUCAAACGCUCCAGCAGUGUCUUCAACAACACAAUGGAGGAAAAAGUGGAAGAGCAAGAGGAAGGACCGCCAACAGGUCAUCGGAGACGUCGUCAAUCCUCCCGGCGCUUCAGUGCCGCCUCAAGACAGGCGAUUCCGGCGCCACCCAAGAUUGACAAAGGCAGCAAACACUUAGUGGACAGCUGUGAAUCUCGGAUCGAGAUCACGACUCCGUUCUGGGCGGCCAACUCUGCGGGGGAGAUCAGAGCCAUCGUCAACACCAAACAUUUCCCACAGGCGAUACACCAGGAGAUAUGCAAGGGCACAAAAACCAGCAGGUGCUCAGGAGACUGCACGUGCGAGCAAAAAUACACCUAUCACCGCCUGCUAGCCUAUGAUCCAGAAAAUGAUUGUAAAGGAAUUUUCAUAGACUGGUUUCUGUUUCCAUCCUGCUGUGCGUGCCGGUGUCCGCCAUAAGGGUGACAUUUAGUGGGAAGUGUACGAGAAUUUGCCCUUAGCGUAUAAUGGUGAUGUUUAGUGUUGUGCUUACCGGAGAUCGUCUCUAUGGACUGGUUUCUGUUUUCAUCAUGCUGCGCAUAUGAUGUUUGGCGUAAGGGUGAUAAUCACUGACAAGUCUACCAGAGAUCACCCUUGUCGCCUGACGACAUUCAUCAAGUAUUGAAUACGAAAGACUGACAUGGAAGGCUAGUAGGCUGCUACUGCGAUGUCCACCAUACGAGCCAUAUAUAGUGGCAACUCUACCAGAGAUCGGCCUUAUUGGAUAAGGCCGAUGUUUAGUGUUGAGACGACGACAGAUCGCCUUUAUAGACUCCUGCAUACCCGAUCUGCUGCAUGUGCUGCGAUCUGCCGUAAAGGCGAUUAUCAACGUUAAUUGCUACAGGAUUGACCUUUAUAGACAGCGACCUUCGAAAGUGACAUUAGUGACAGAACAUAAUGAAUUGUGUUCAAGUAUGUAACGAUGCUAAUAAGAAGCACUGAAUGUCAAGGACGUUAGUGGAAAACUGAUUUGCCCGACGGUGAUGCUUGUGGAAACGAACGAUAAUUUGUGAAAACGAACGAGGUUGCGAGGGUUGAAACACGAAAAUCAACGUGUUUUGAAGCAUAUGAACGGUGAACGUGUACGCUUCAAAGCAUAUUUCAAACGAACAUUUAACCCGCGCCCCACUGGGGGGGGGGGGCUAUUUAUAGCCCCCCUCCCGUUUUUCUGCAAUAACUUCCAAACGG